GUCGAAUCAGACAACCCCCAGGGAAAUGGUUCAAUCUCGACAGUACAUAUAUAUGACGACUAUUCAAUUCCAGCCAUACACGAAUUCACACAGCAUGGCGUAUUCCAAGCACAACCUGGGCUUCCUCCUCCACGCCAGUGACGCCGCCGACGAUGCCGCUGCGACCCCCGACCGCACACUCACGACCUCCAUGCGAUCACUCAGCCUUCACCGUCGACAGCUAGUCAGUCCACGCACCGACCAGGCAAAGACACAUAGGAUACGCACAAUGCGGAGAAGAACACUUGCAACACCCCUAAGCUCGACCACCUCUCGGGUCCCUUGGGACGUGAUCGUCGCGACCCUGGAAACAUACAAGCGCUUGCAUGGGAACUUGCAGGUCGCCCAAGCGUUCGAGGUGCCAGUGAAUGACGAGCGAUGGCCGGCAGGUGCGUGGGGGCUUCGACUUGGGUGUCGAGUGCACAACCUUCGCAUUGCCAAGAACACGUUACACGAGGCCAAACGUCAGGCGCUGGACGCAGUGGGCUUUGAGUGGCAAGGCCCGCGGCAGUCGAUCUCGUUUGAACUCAAGUUGGCAGCCCUCACAGCGUUCAAGGCUGCGUACGGCCAUGUGAGAGUGCCGCAGAAGUUCACCCUGCCUCACGCCGACGUGCUUUGGACAGGGGACGAACUCAAGCUCGGGUGUGUCGUCAACAAGUUGCGGCAGAGUCAAAGGUUACGGCGGGGUAAGAAGGGCGCCAUGCCGAAAGGACACGUUGACGCGCUCAACGACUUGGGCUUUGAGUGGAGUGCAACGAUGGACACUUGAGUCAUGUGACAAAACGGGUUGCAGAUGGUGUUGUCAAGUGUCCUACGUACGUUAGCUCAAUGAACUGCAACAUGGCUUUAUUUCAAGUCCACGAAUAAUACUAUUUUAAUAGUACUAGUAUAAUCUGUACUAGUACGAGC